CCCUUCGUCCCCGCAGAACAGAUUGAAGCGGCGCAACCUCGUCGCCGUCCUCGCCUAAAACCUUCCGCCUCCCCGCCUCUCGUCCACGCGCGACAACGCGUCAGCAAGCAAUCAGUUCAUCCCAAGGUGCUAACCCCAAUUACCCACCUGUUGCUUCCCGUUUUCGCCUCACAGUUCCCCUCUGUGGCUCCUGUGAGUCGACCAAAUGUUAGCACACGCAAGGAUGCCAAGACAAGUGAACCUGCGCCAGAGACCGGAAGCGAAGAAGAGGGUGUGCUGCUACAGCCAAGAUUAAAAAGGAAGCUUAAGCCCAAUAGCAAGGUGUCCGGUCCAGAGUGGGUUCGUUGACUGUAAUAGUGUGGCCCAGUCGUGGUGCCAUAUGUAUGACUUCAGUCUGUAAACCGGGACAUGGAAAAAGAACAGAAAACACUACUACCUAUCUUCUUCCCCUCUUCCAAGUCUUCUCCUUCCCUGCCGCCGUCUUGCUUUCCCCUUUCCUCUAGGAAGCUAACAGUGGUAUCAAAGACCAUCGUUCCUCGGAUCUGGAUUCUAUCCACUACACCCGCCGCGCCAAAACCCUAGGCGCUAUGGAUCCCCAACUCAAACUCGCCUUGGAAGCACAGACUCGCUCCUUCAUCUCCGAACUCGACAAAAAAUUCGCCGACCACGACGCCAAAUGGGAGUCUCGCGUUGGUGAACUGGAGAAGGCGGCGGUGUCUGCUGCCGACCAGUUCUACGACCUCAAGGCGGACAUCCAUACCGAUGUCACGGCGCAGUUGGAGUUCUUCGUCUCUUCUGCGACCGAACAAGCAAAUCGGGUCGCCGCGGCCACGACGUCGCGCGUCUCAGCGCUGGAAUCCGCCACAGCGGCCUUCGAGGCGUGGCGCCCCGCCAUGGAAUCGUCGGUCGCCGAGGUCAAACGCGGCGUCGCCGCUGUCCAAGCCGCCGUCGCCAACAUACCUCAACCAGGGGAACGUCGUCCGUUGGAGCCGCCGCACCUACAACCCGGCAUCCUCGGCGAAUUCGGAUCGGGCCCUGCGCGUCCAUCUACCGGUCUGCGGAUCGACGGCCCCGACGGGCAUUGCUCCGACCAUCAUCGUCGGGAGGCUGGUUUUGGACGCGUGUACGCGUCCACCCACCUCCCGCCCAAUGGUAUGCCCCCGUUCAAUUCGCCCACAUUUUCCCAUCUUCUAGGGUCACCACACAGUCACAGCGGAGAGCCCGCAGCGGGGUUCACGCAGUCCUCACAGUUUGGUCCCUUACCGAAGGUUCCGUUUCCUCCAUUUGACGGUGAAAACCCACGUCUUUGGAUCACUCGUAGCGAGGACUAUUUUGACUUAUACAAUGUUGAUCCCUCCGCCUGGAUCCGUGUGUCUACAAUGCACUACACAGGACCAGCCUCUCGCUGGUUGCAAUCAUUAGGCCCGCGGUUUAGGUUUUUCCCUUGGGCAGAAUUCACCAAACUACUCCUUGAACGCUUUGGUCGGGAUCAACAUGACGCCCUCAUUAGACAACUUUUCCACAUCAAACAAUCCACCACCAUAGCAGCUUAUAUUGAACAAUUCUCAGGAAUAGUAGAUCAGCUAUUGGCUUAUGAGUCUCACACAGACCCUCGCUUCUACACUAUGUGAUUUAUUGAUGGCUUAAAAGAUCAUAUCAAGUCUGUUGUAUUGUUACAGCGACCUUCGACUCUCGAUACUGCUUGUGCUCUUGCCCAAUUGCAGGAGGAAGUCUCGGAGCCGGGGCGAGCAGAUCAUCGCAAGUUUAUAUCCACUUCUUCCACAAGACCAGCUUAUUCUCCGCUGCCCCUGCCCCGACCCCCACAACCUGAAGCGUUGGUGGCUGAUUCUGGCAAGCUGAAUUCCCUGCCUCGCUCUCGUCAGAUGGAUGAUAAACUUGCAUCAUUGAAGGCUUAUCGCAGAGCUCGUGGGUUAUGCGACCGGUGUGCUGAAAAAUGGGUGCCGGGACAUCGUUGUGCACCAACAGUCCAACUUCAUGCCCUGGAAGAAUUGUGGGAAUUAAUUGAAGACAAGUCAAGCACUAACGAAGUGGAUACUGGGCUCUCACCACCAGGCGAGCUACUGUCUCUCUCACUGUCAGCAGUUUCAGGGAUUCCUUCGCGCCGGACUAUACAAUUCUCGGGCGAAUGCCAAGGGCAUCCUAUUGUUCUGUUAGUAGAUUCAGGCAGCUCACAUUCAUUUGUUA